AAAUGCUGAUGUCAGAAAUGUUUUCAGUGAACUUUUCAUUUUAUUUAUUAACUAGGUAAAAAUGGUCGCACACUUGGUAUUAAAAACAACACAAAAGAAGAAAAUAAACAGCAUACCAUUGGGAAUCGAAGGGUGUCAACAACGAAAGUCCAGAAUGUGUUCGUUGAUCCUAACGUUGGAUGCUACAAGAUGUUCUUUGCUGGCGAGUCACCACCAAAUGGUUUUCGUAAUCCCAAUAAUAAAGCUAUAAAAUAUAUCUGUCAACCGGAUGAUCAGCAGACUUUCUACUCUACGAUGUUCCAUGAGAAACAGGGGAUUGCCGUUGUUGCCGCCUACAGUUUGAGACCUGGAGACGUAGCGUUUCAGAAAAGAAAAACAUUCACAUGGACCCCGACCCUUGGUAUCGCACGUCAAGGAAGCGAUGGUAUUUAUGGCAGCAAAAAUCAAUUAAAUCCCGAUAAAUUUCAAAAAGGUCACUUAAUAUCAAAAAGGAUCUUUUCCAGUACCGAAGAACGUUGCGCAUCUACUUACACGUACACAAAUGCUGUGCCACAAGCACCCAGUUUUAACAAUGAUGGUUGGAAAGAGUAUGAGAUCAGGAUACGACGGUAUGCAAGAGAAAACUGCCUUGUGCAGCAGCAAUAGCUGCAACAGGGACAGCCAAUUUUGUAUCUUUUGACCGGCACCUCGUCCGUGG